AUGGAGUCUUCGCACAAAGACGCCGAGACGGCGGCGGCUGUGGCGGCGGCGGACACCCGCGGGGCGUCCUCGUCCAGCGGGGUGGUGGUGCAGGUCCGCGAAAAGAAGGGCCCCCUGCGCGCCGCCAUCCCCUACAUGCCCUUCCCGGUGGCCGUCAUCUGCCUCUUCCUCAACACUUUCGUGCCAGGACUGGGGACGUUCGUCUCGGCCUUCACCGUGCUGUGCGGAGCCCGCACCGACCUCCCGGACCGGCACGUGUGCUGCGUCUUCUGGCUGAACAUCGCGGCGGCUCUCAUCCAGAUCCUCACGGCCAUCGUCAUGGUCGGCUGGAUCAUGAGCAUCUUCUGGGGCAUGGACAUGGUCAUCCUUGCGAGCUACAAGGAGCAGGGCAUCCCACAGCAGCUGUGAGCCCAGGAGCCCCCGGAAGUCCAGGGCGGCCCCUGAGGGCCACAUCCGGC